CUGGCAGUCGCUUUCCAAUCCCCGUGGCGUUUACACGUCAAUUCAAACCUUUCUUUUUUUCACACAUGUGACUUUGACUUGUGUUGUGACUGUUAAUUAACAGUAACUUAUAUAGGGUUUUAGUGAUACACUAUGUGCUUCAAUAAAGAAGCAAGAAUCUAGAUCAAACGCAGAGAGUUCCUUCAUCAAGAGGCUUCAUCAUGUUUUCCUUGUGCCGCCGUUACAAAGAUGAAAACGAACAUGGCGGAACACAAAUCAAAGGAGGAUACAUGCUACGAUAUAAACGAAAGUACUUAUGGAACACGUGGUCCGAAGAAUGGGUGGUGCUAUAUGAUGAUUCAACUAUGGCUUGGUUUAAGGAUGCAUCAGGAAAGUGCAUGGCAACACAAAAGCACCUUGUAAAGGAAUGUCCGGAAAUGCUGGCAAUUGCAACAUGGACAGGUCAAGUGCCGCAAAGACCACCGCUGCCUCCUGGAGCAAAAUUAUCACAGCUCAUGGCUUUGGGGUCUCGAAAAGACCCCGGCCGGGUUGUUUGGAUGCUUGCUAAGUCGGAUGCCGAAAUGAGAGAAUGGAUGGCUGCAAUAUCAAAGACCUUGCCUCCUCCGCCUCACAUCGAGCUGGUGAUGUCCAUGCCGUACCUGCGUACUGCCUUUAAGAGGCCGACUGUUCGAGUGAGGCCCACACCGGAUUUGUACAGUCGUAAUGGUCGCAAUGCUUGUGGCGCCCUCGACGGUCGUGGACUAGUUGCGGUCAUCAAGCGACAGGUGCCAUUAGCUGGGCAGUUGAAUCACGAGCUCGCCUGGGGCCAGGGUUGGGGCUGGGUCACUUUACCCAACGGAGUCUGGAGUGGACGAUUAACUUGGUCCCAGGACGGUGAGGACUUUGCUCUUCACGCGAUGCCUAUUAUGCACCACUCCAACGUCUCAGAAGCUUGCUCCAUGCUGGACGGAGUCACAGCUUACGAAGCCUCCGCGUAUGAUCAAGCUCUUGCUGAAUACGAUGAUGCUGCUACUGUCUCUGAUGAUUGGGAUUUUAGCGUUGAUUGCGGAGAUUUUAUGAUGUAAAGGAAAUAUUCAUUAUUUAGGUUCGCACGAAGCCUUUUUUCAGUCUUGAUUGGGGAAACCAUUUAAAGAGUGACAAGUUUAGCCUUAACUGAAAGUGGAAUGUAUAAAGAUUAUUUUUUAUUUAACCGAAAAAUUCGUUGUUAUUAUUAUGCCGUAAAACUAUUGAUUUUGUGAAGUUAGAUAAGAUUUUAUUAUGUUCGACUUAAGGCAAACAAAAAAACGUUAAAUAUUUUUCAUAAUUGACACACGAUUAGUUUAAAAUAAAUUUUUUCAGUAAUUGCUCAAUGUGCUGGUCACAAAACAUGAAACUGAUGUGCCAAUUAUUAAAGGAAAUCUAUGGUGAAAUUGUGGAAGCGUCUUAUGACUUUUAUACCUUAUAGGGUAAUAAACACGAGAGAAUAUUAAUGACACAAUAUCGAUUGAUUUUUCAGUACUAUGUAGUUGCAUGCUCUAUAGUUACGGUGUCAUAGAUAUGUGUUUAGAUUGGUAGUUUACUAUACUCUACAGCCUACAAAGGCACCUAGAAUAGAAUAAAACUCCGAGCACUAUAGUCUCCUGUUUAAGCAUAUUUUAUACCAUUUAUAAUGCCAUAUGUUUUUAAAUAACUUCCUUUUUAUACAAUUUAUAAUGUGUAACUAUUAUUUGGUGUUCAGCAAAUUUCUCAAAACUUUUUGGAGUUUUUAUAAGCCACGUAACCAGGGUAAGCAAUCUUAUAAUCCCGAUGAAUUUAAAUAUUCAAAAUAUAACAAAAGAUAACUUGCAUUGUCUCUGUAUUUUUUUAUUUUUAUAGAAUAGACUUGCUUAAUCCCCGUAAACACCAAUUUAAACUAUAGUAAAAAAAUAUAUUUUAGAUGUAAGUGAAAAUCGGUGUUAGGAUGUAGUAUAUAAUAUGUGGUCGGUAGUUAUUUAUGAACCCCUUAAUCCAAAUGAGGUCUUAAAAAAAUUAUACAAAAUCGUGACCUAAAAUACCGGAUGAUAAACCUAGUUCGGUUUAGGCCUUAAAAUUAGGACCAACAAAUACCCGGAAGUAUUAGGCCUCUAUCCAAUUUUACGAAAGGUGUGUAGUUAGUAUUAUUGAAAGGAAUAUAUAAUAAUUAGUGGCUAAAAUGUUCCGACCUACCCAAAGACUGCCUUACGUAUGUUACCUGUAUCCUGCGUGCGUGUUAAGGUGUGGCACCUGCGUAUAUCCUCCUCCUACUCCUGCGAAUUCUUAUAUUGCAGAAUCAAUCAAAAUAAAAAAAAACUGGCCUGACAUACAACUAGUAAUUGUGUAAUUCGUUUAAGCAAUUUUUAUCCUUUAAUUUUGUUUAUAAUUAGAAAAAUUCGUUUUUGUCAACCAUAUU